AUGGAUAUCAGAGGAAAGCAGCCGUCGACGUGGGACACGUACGAGGGCGUCCACCGCGGCUCCGUGGGCUCCAAUGGCAGUCGCGUGCAGUGGGACCGGCUCGAGAGGAGACCAAGCGGAGAAAGCACGGCGGCCUCGGGGACAUGGUCCAGGGUGCCAGGCGAACUGCGCAGACGCAGGUCUUCCAUCUCGCAGCAAAUCGGCGCUAUUGGUGACGCCGGUGGCGUGAACAGCAUCAACAACUUUGCCCGCUCAUGGCAGCGAGCCGCCGGCUUCUUCGAGAUCACCCCCGUGCGCCCCAGCUUCCGCGUCGAGACUGACGACGACGACGAUGUGUCCGCCGACUUCCCGCGAACAGGGCUGCCCGAGCCUACGCCUCCCGACCAGCGCUCAGCCCUGCGAAGAGCCCUCCAGGAGGGAGACCGCCGGACGUCUGAUAACGCCCUGGUAGACGAGGAGCAACCGCCUACCGAAGAGACGCAAUUGUUACCCAGCGCGGCGACACGAGCGAGAGGGGAGAGCAUCUUCACCAUUGAACCGUCGCUUUCGUCGCCAUUCGGAGGCAGCUAUGGCACUGGAUACGGCAGUCUCUCUGCGCGCGUCAACGAGUCGUCGAUGCGCCAUGCGGGACGUCUGUUCACCGACCAGCAGCUCAAGGGCGUCACAGAGCCUGAGCUGCAGCGCGAGCCAUUGCUGGUGAAGCGCGUUGAAGAGGACGGCCAUAUCAUCAACGUCGUGGUUGGCCAAUCGACACUGCCCCAGACCAUCUUCAACUCAGUCAAUGUUCUGGUUGGAGUCGGACUACUCACACUACCCUUGGCACUCAAGUACUCUGGCUGGCUGAUCGGCAUGGUCUUCCUCGCAUGGUCAGCCAUCGUCACAAGCUACACGGCGAAGCUCCUGGCAAAGUGUCUGGACGUCGACAACUCGCUCAUCACCUUCGCCGACCUCGCCUUCGUCUCGUUUGGCAACAAGGCGCGCAUCGCUGUCACAUGUGUUGCCCUUGUCGUCCUCUUCGCCGACAGCAUGGACGCCCUGAUCCCUAACUGGGAUAUCCUGUUCUGGAAGGUUGUAUGCGGCGUGAUCCUGAUCCCUCUCAGUUUCCUCCCCCUCCGCUUCUUGUCCUUCACCUCCAUCCUUGGCGUCAUGUCCUGCUUUGGCAUCACCAUAGCCGUCUGGGCCGACGGUCUGAUCAAACCCGACUCCCCAGGCUCCAUCCGCCAGCCCUCCCCGCAAUACCUCUUCCCCGCGAACCCCCUCACCAUCCCCCUCUCCUUCGGCCUCCUCAUGUCCCCCUGGGGCGGCCACUCCGUCUUCCCCAACAUCUACCGCGACAUGCGGCACCCGUACAAAUACCGGCGCGGCGUCGACAUCACCUACAUCUUCACGUACCUCGUCGACACGGGCAUGGCCUGCGCCGGCAUCCUCAUGUUCGGCGACGGCGUGCGCGACGAAAUCACAAGCAACAUCUUCCUCACCGACGGCUACCCCAAGAGCAUGAGCGUCUUCAUCGCCGUGUGCAUCGCCAUCAUCCCGCUGACCAAGAUCCCGCUGAAUGCUAGACCCAUCGUGUCCACCUUCGAAGUCCUCUUCGGCCUCGACACGCGCGCCCUCGCGACCGCCGAGGGCAUGAACGGCAUGUCCGGGCUCAACCGCGGCAUCGCCAAGAUCGCGCUGCGCAUCGGCACGAUUAUCACGUUUGUCGUCAUUGCGAUCCUGUUCCCCAGCUUCGAUCGCAUCAUGACGCUGCUGGGCAGCGUCGCGUGCUUUUCCAUCUGCAUCAUCCUGCCGCUCGCGUUCCAUCUGAAGCUGUUUGGCAAGGAGAUUGGGCGCACGGAGACGAUGUUGAACUGGGGGUUGAUUGGCGUGAGUAGUGUUAUGGCGGUGGUGAGCACGGUGUUUGCGUGCUUGCCGAAGGAGUUGAUUGGGGCAUAA